AUGAAACGUUUUGCAAAAGUACCCUUCUCUUGUAGUCUCUGCCUCUUCGAUAUUCUGUUCCUGCAUACACCCACGUCAACAAAAUCAUUCGAAAUCUCAUCUGUCUGCGACUUUAUGUUUGGCCUGACCACGUCUGGAUUUGGCGGUUUCGGCGCAGCUUCGAACACCUCAACGUCCCCGUUCGCAUCCUCGGCCACGAACAAUGCACCAGCAUCGAAUACGUCGCCUUUUGGCCAGUCUAACCAAGCCAACCAGGGCGGUCUGAUUUUUGGCCAAUCUGGAGGUUUCGGUUCCAACGCCAUUGGCGGCUCGGCGUUCGGCUCCAGCAACACUAACGCUCCCGCCACCGGCUCCUCUGUGUUCGGGACCAAUAACAAUGCAUCUGGAAGUGUUUUCGGUCUGACCACAGCACCAACUACUUCGCCUUUCGGAAACACAACCCAGAACACAACUUCUGCUUUUGGUAACACCGGCUCUGGCUUCGGUGCCGCGCCAGCCUCGUCAUCUGGUGGGUUGUUUGGAAGCUCUGCGACUGCAAAUAAGCCAGGUUUUGGACUGGCUUUUGGUACUCCGAGCAACACAAACACCUCACCUUUCGGAGCCUCAACCGGCUUUGGAAGUGGAACAGACGGGAAGACCAAUACCGGCUCGGGCAACCCUCCGUUUGCUCCUUACACCGAUAAGGACAGCAACGGAACCAAUAGGUACCAUAAUAUCUCCAUGAUGCCUUCGUACCGCAAUUUCUCUCCGGACGAAAUCCGAUUGAAAGAUUACGAGCUCAACCGUCGAUUCGGCAAUACGCCUGUUGUACUGGGAUUUGGUGGAUCUACCAGCGGUUUUGGUGCUACCAACACCGGAUCCGCAUUUGGAGCUACUGGAGGAAGCACUUUUGGUGCCAGCUCAAAUUCUCCAUUUGGAAGUACCGCAAACAAAUCUGCAUUUGGCCAACCUUCCAACCUGACCUUUGGCAGCAACACGUCCACCUUUGGACAAAACAACGGUAGCGCAUUUGGCCUGAAUACAGGCGGCGGUUUUGGCUCCUCCACCAACACUGGAAGUGCCUUUGGAAGCACUAAUACUGGUUCCGGUUUUGGAGCUACCAACUCUGCUUUUGGAGCAACACAGAACCAAAACCAACCUUUUGGAGCCACAACUAGCGCCUUUGGUGCUCCUUCCAACACCACAUCGACUGGGGGCUUGUUUGGCUCGUCCACCAACAAUAAUACCAACGCUUCUCCCUUUGGUGGUUCUUCGGCGUUUGGUCAAAAUAACACCAAUAAUGCGUCACCAUUUGGCCAAAGCAACAACACAAGUGCUCCAUUCGGACAAUCUUCCACUUCAAAUGUGUUUGGUUCAAAUACCGGUGGGACAGGUUUUGGAUCAAAUUCUGGUAGCACUUUCGGCUCGUCUGGCUCUGCUUUCGGCGGUGCCAAUAACAAUACUGGUGGUGGUCUUUUUGGUCAGAAUAACCAGAAUACCAAUACUGCCGCUUCUGGUGGAUUGUUCGGCCAAUCCAACACUAAUACGGCCUCUAAUCCUUUCGGUUCCAAGCCAGGCGGCCUAUUCGGUCAAAAUAAUCAAACAAACCAGAACACCGGCUCUACUUUUGGCUCUGGUACUUCCGGGUUUGGUCAAAAUAGUACUACUGGAGGAGGAUUAUUUGGCAGCAAACCUGCUCAAACAGGCGGACUUUUUGGAAAUAACAAUCAGAACAAUACCGCCAAUAAUUCCAGUCCAUUCGGAGCAACGAAUGCAUUUGGUGCCAACCAGAACCAAAACCAAAACCAAAAUCAAAAUCAAACCACCACCGGUGGACUUUUUGGUAGCAAACCUGCCACUGGAGGUCUCUUUGGGGGCCAAAGCACCACGAACAAUACCGGUUUUGGUAACAACCAAUCCACAAAUACUAGUGGUGGACUUUUUGGAAAUAAGCCUGCGACAACAGGAGGGGGUCUAUUUGGAGGUGGAAACAAUACCACCAGUGGAGGAGGAUUGUUUGGUGGAAGCUCCAACACUGGUUCUACUGGUGUAGGUGGGAGCACUUCCGGAGGUUUGUUCGGUGGCUCUGGUAACACCAAUACUACUGGAGGACUCUUUGGAAGCAAACCAGCUCAGUCCGGAUCAACGUUUGGGGGAAGUAACACUGGAAGUGGAAACACUUCUUUUGGCACAGGAGGCGGACUCUUUGGGCAAAACCAACAACAGUCUCAGCAGCCUCAGCAACAGCAGCAACAAUCCCAGCAAUCUCUCCUUAGUGCUCAGAAUCCUUAUGGUCAAAACCCACUCUUUCUGAGCAUUUCCGUCCCAGCACCUGGUGCUAAUGGACCCAGUGGUCCUCUAGCCGUUCCUGUGAAAUCAGCGGCACCUAAAAAGCCUGUCAACUUGGGCAAUGCUCAUCGCUUGGCACCUUUGUUCCGGAUGUCUGUUCUUCCACGAAAGGCAGAAGUUGAAGCAGAACAAACAAGAGCAACUGAAAAAACACAGAAUGGUCUUUUUGGUGUGGACACUGACGUAGCUAUUUCGUCAUCUUCGAUUUUCCGUCCUCAAACAUCUGUACGCAAAUUGAUCGUGGACAAGGCGCAAGAAGCCGGCAAGAAACUGCCUGCGUUAAUACAAGUUGCUGUGGGUGAACGAGAACCACCCAAGCAGGUUUCCAUGGUGCUUGACUCGGGUAGAAAAGAUGAAGAAGAAAUCAAUGGCACUUCGUCACCAAAACUCAUUGAAAGUGAAGUUGUUAAUGGAAGUCAACCUGAUACAGUAAAGGAUGAGAUUGACGAAAACGGAUACUGGACGUCACCUUCGAUUCUGGAGCUCAAGAGAAAGCCAUUGGCAAGUCUUCGGUCAAUAGAACACUUUAAGGUGGGCAGAAAGAAUUACGGUCAUAUCGAGUUCUUGCAACCGGUGGAUUUGUCACUGAUAGUGAACCUCGAAGACAUAGCUGGAAAUUUGAUCAUUUUCGAUUCGAAGUCGUGUGUGGUUUAUCCAGACGACGACAAGCCCAAAGAGGGUGAAGGGUUCAAUUUGCCCGCCAUAAUCACCCUCAAUGGAUGCUAUCCUGUCAAUAAAGCGGAUAAGCUUCCUAUUUUGGACCCCAAGAGCGAAGUCGUUAAAAAGCAUAUUGACAAGUUGAAGCUGUUGCCCGAGAUGGAGUUUCAACUGUACGAGCCUCAAUCUGGAGACUGGACGUUCAAGGUUACUUCUAUGUAG